CCCAUAAUGAUGCACACUGUUAUCCCCGUCACAAUCGGGUGGUCUUCAAUCCGGCCACUUGCAUCUCUUGCUCUCUCCAACGUUUCGAAACAUUCAUCCCACUCACUUGUCAUCGUCAAUGUUAGGCGCCCAGUGACCCAUUGCCGGACCGUAAUCCUGCAUACAGGUACCCGCCAGCCCUACGCUCGCGCCUCCCCUUUCACAGCACGUUUUCCCUUUCUUCCCCAAACCCAGAUCAUCCGGGUACGGCUACCUCAUACGCGCUCAAACAGUUCGGUGGCUGCAGCCCUAAGUGUAUGUUGGCAGUGCCUGAUAUGCAUGUCCAAAUCCUGCAUUUCCUCUUGCAGCGGCAUGAUAACGUUUUGGGGAGUGGACCGAGCGCUAAGGUAUGUGCGUAGACCUUGGGGAACGGUUGCUGCGUGUUUUUCUGUUGUGACGUGGAGACUGUAG